AUGUCUCAAACAGGGCAAUCAGAGCCCGAUGAUGACGAGCCUUGGAGACCUCGGAGAAAACGACAAUCCUCAGAGACGCGUCCCUCGGUGCCAGCAGAGCUCGUACCUGGAGUGAACGUUGACGAUCUGCCGAUAGCCGAACCUUUUACCACCGAUGCUAUAAAGCGAUAUCAAGUCAUGCCGGUUGCCAGAAAGCUUGAUUGGCGCACACCAUUUCAUGGAAAGCCGAGGCGAAGAUCAUUAGCCAAUAAAAUAUCCCGAACUGCAGCUUUUAUUCAGACAACAGGCGUUGAGGUUGCUGAUCCGUGCUCUAAUUGUGACAAAGGAUUGGGCCCAUGGCAGGCUUGUGUUAUCAUGAUCAAUGAAGAAGACUCGAAACUCGCCGGGACAUGUGCAAACUGUCAAUUCAGUCGCAAAUAUGACUGCGACUUUCGGGCUUUCAAAAUCGAAGACAUCUAUGAUUUUAACUCUGAGAACGCAUGGAAGUCGAUCCCCGAUAAAAAGGACGAGAUGUCAGGACAAUCGCGAGUUGAUAGGACGGUUACAACGGUGCUCUCAGCCGAGUUACCGGACUGGUUCAGUAACAAUAGAUCCCUGUUCUCAGGUGCGCAACCAAUCGCCAUUUCGAAGAGUCAAUCUCCAGAGACCUCCAAUACAACGACUUCAUAUCCCGGAAUCUUGCCUGCUCGCCCAGCACAAAGGGAAAGCCUAGUUGAAACUCAAGUUUCGGUCGAAGCUAUUGUUGUCAAGGAAGAAAAAGACUCAAUCUUGUCUGCCAGCCUAGCACAAAGGGAACGCCUAGUGGAAUCCCAAGUUUCAGUCGAAGGUGCUAUUGUCAAGGAAGAAAGGGACGCAACAAACCUGACUCUGAAUCCUAAUUUGGAUGUCACUAAGUCAAAGCUUGAUGGCGGUCUUCUACCCUUCCCUUUGGGUCCCGAUGCAUUUGACAAUCUUCCUCUCUUGAGACAAGCAAUAAAGGAUACGGAAAAACACCUUCAAGCAAUGCGGAAGAGAGCAGAUGAACUUGAAGUGAAGGAGAAGCAAAAGAGUUGGAGGCUGCCUGAUCAACCUCCGUCGACCUCCUGA